UUCCCCUCGAGCUGCAAUAGCCAUUCCAGCUGCUCUUCAGUUUAAGGUUAGAGUUAAGUGGAACAGGCACCAGUUCCCAGGCAGCCCUCAAGUUGGUUGGAACAUUGCACAGUUGGUUUUCUUUGAUCACUCUGGAUUGAGGGAAGCAACUGGGGGCUGAUCAAGAGUGCACUGUCCCAGGCAGGAGGAGGGUACAGUGUAGCUGGGGUGUUACCUUCUUGUUAUUUAUAACCUCUGAAGGCAGAAGAAAAAAUCAAUCUGCUUACUCAGGGGAACAACAGGCAAUGGAUCCCAAAAGCCAGAAGGUGAAGCUUAAUGAUGGCCACUUCAUUCCUGUCCUGGGAUUUGGAACCUACGCACCUCCAGAGGCUGCUAAGAGGGAAGCUCUGGAAAUCACCAAAUUCGCUAUCGAGGUUGGGUUCCGCCAUAUUGACUGUGCUCAUGUGUACCAAAAUGAAGAGCAAGUUGGCCAGGCCAUUCGAAGCAAGAUCGCAGAUGGCACUGUGAAGAGAGAAGACAUAUUCUACACCUCAAAGCUUUGGUUAACUUCCCUUCGACCAGAGUUGGUCCGACCAGCCUUGGAAAAAUCACUGAAAAAUCUUCAACUGGACUAUGUUGAUCUCUAUAUUAUUCAUAUUCCAGUGGCUCUGAAGCCAGGGGAGGAAUUAUUUCCAAAAGAUGAAAAUGGAAAACUGAUAUUUGACUCAGUGGAUCUCUGUCUUACAUGGGAGGCCCUGGAGAAGUGUAAGGAUGCAGGGCUGACCAAGUCCAUCGGGGUGUCCAACUUCAACCACAAGCAGCUGGAGAAGAUCCUGAACAAGCCGGGGCUCAAGUACAAGCCCGUCUGCAACCAGGUGGAAUGUCACCCUUAUCUCAAUCAGAGCAAACUGUUGGAUUUCUGCAAGCCACAUGGUAUCGUUCUUGUUGCCUUUGGUGCUCUGGGAUCCCAACGUGUAAAAGAAUGGGUGAACCUGAACCACCCCGUUCUCUUGGAGGACCCAGUUCUUUCUGCCAUUGCCCAAAAGCACAAGCAAACCCCAGCUCUGGUUGCUCUUCGCUACCAGAUACAACGUGGGGUUGUGGUUCUGACCAAGAGUUUCAACAAGAAGCGGGUCAAAGAGAACAUACAGGUGUUUAACUUUGAGCUGAGUCCAGAAGACAUGAAAGCAAUUGAUGGCCUCAACAGAAAUAGGAGAUACUAUGAAUUUUUACCUGGUGUUGGUCACCCUGAGUAUCCAUUCUCUGAAGAAUAUUGACUCUCAACUCUCACUGAGAUUCUUCGAGAAUUUCUUGCAUCUAGGGUGGUGAAGAUUUUUGUACUUGGUGGAGGUACUUAAAUGAAGUGUCUGUGCUGGGAGCCAGCGUGAGGAAUCCCGUCCAUGGCAAAGGUCAUGAGGAAGUUGGCCUGACAAUACGCAAAGGCAUGAUCAAGCCUCAGGGGUCUCCCUGGAGAUUCUCGAGCAUCUACCCCUGAAACCAAAAUCUGUCUGUUAUACUACACUCUUCUGACAUUAACAAGGGGCUAUCCCCAACCACCUUUCUCUGGAAAAUUAACUUAGAGCUCCAGAUAAUAGUCUCCUGCAUAUAAAAAGAGUGUCUCAGGUCAAACCUCUCUGCUGGCAGACUAGCUUGUGUGACAGGAUUAUCCACACUCUUGCUACUAUGUACAUGAUUGUUUACAAUCUCUCAACCAUAAACAGCACAGAGAGUUUGGAGUGUUUUGAAAGUCUUAGUUAGCAUAGGGUUUUUCUAAAGAUAAAAAUCAUGUUGGUGAAGUGUUUCAUUACUGAGUUAAUGAUUGCUUCCAGGCCUCCAUAUCCUUAGGCACCUGGGAGUAUGUUAAUCAAUGUAAUUGGAAUGUAGGAAAAGAAAUAUAGUAGUUUUGAUGUUAGCAAUACUAGACUUUUGAGUUAAUGAAUUUUCUCUUUGUUAUAGAUCACUGUACUCCUCUUUCUUUGUUAUAAAUCAUUGUGUCCUUGCUAUGUAAGAAUGUAACUUUAUCAGUGUCUUAAGACUAAGUAAUCUUAAGGGAAAACAAGUUUUCUGAUUGACUAACCUUUAUCAAUAGAAAGAAAGGUGGGGCCAUAAAAUGUUAAUCGGUCUCCAGAAGAUAUUGUAAACAAACGUAAGACCCUUGUAAGAACAAAGAUAUGCUGAGAACACUAUCUUUAGAUAAGGGUCGGAGCAGCUGACACUGCGUGACUCUGUUUCUUACAUUUAUCUCUAUGUACAACUAAAAGUAUAAAAGUGGACCUGGAAAAUAAAGAAAUGGACCAAUUCCUGGAAA